AUGGCCAGGCCUCUGGAACAGGCGGUGGCUGCCAUCGUGUGCACCUUCCAGGAGUAUUCGGGGCGCGGCGGGGACAAGCACAGGCUCUGCCAGGGGGAGCUCAAGGAGCUGCUGCAGAAGGAGCUGCCCACCUGGACCCCGACGGAGCUGCGGGAGUGUGACUACCAUCAGUUCAUGAGCGUCCUGGACACCAACAAGGACCAGGAGGUGGACUUCGGGGAGUUCGUGCGCGCCCUGGCCUGCCUGUGCACCUACUGCCACGACUACUUCAAGGACUGUCCCCCCGAGCCCCCCUGCCCCCAGUAGGCUCCGCUCCCACGGGCGCCUGACACGAGGCCCAGGCCGGGCUGACCCAGGGGGCUAGAGGCGGGUGGGGACCUCCCCAGGGUCCCAGCU